UCAAAAAUGGCGCUUCAAUCUGCAUUUCGUGAAAGACUGGAGCAUAUGGAAGUCACCCGAAACCAACGACUCUCUCUCCUCCAGUCGGAGAAAGAGCUUCAGACAAUCAAAUCUCGAGAUUUAGCGUCAAAGUUGUCUAAUAUCAGAUCAAUGGAGCAGCGCUGCUUAAAGCUUGAUUGUAAAAUCGCUUCGCAACACCUGGCCAUUUCCUCCCUCGAAUCAGAGCUCCACCGCCUGGACUCCGUUUAUGCUGAAAUUCUUCAAAAAAUUAGAACCUUAAAACUUGAGGUGGAAGAGAUGGAGGAGUUAGAGAAAGAGAAAGAAAGCUAUUAUAACUCACAAAGUCAGGAGCUGGAGGAGUUUAAGGCAGAAGUGGAUAGUCACAUAGGCAAUUGUCAAUUACAAAUCCAGGAACUGAGAACUCAGGCUAAUGAGCUGAAGUCAAGCUUCUCAAAACUUCAAGGCAGUCUUAACUAUUCAACUAAUUCAGAGAUUUCCCAAGCUGAGACCAAGAAAGCUGAACUUUUGGGUGAGAAAGAGCGCUUGGACAAAAUUUUGGCUUCAAAUUAUCCAGUAAGAGACCAGCUGAGGAAACAACUUCAGAACAUAUUGGCAGACCAAGAACAGAAGAGGAAGCCAUGAAUAAAUCCAUUUCGAAAGAACAAUGUUAUGGGAGUAAACUAGAUAUUCCAAUUGUAUAUUCCAAUCCCAUCUACCAUCAUUUAGAAAAAGAGUGAGACAUAAAUAAAUAGUUUAUAUAAGGAUACAACUAAAUGCUAACUAGAAUAACAUUGAAGGCAAAGAAAUGGAAAGAAUCAAUAAGCCCUCUUUAAUUACUUUUGUCUUGCUUGUGGUUCCCCUUAAAUCCCCAACCACCAU